AUGGAACUUGCUAAUCUAGAGGAUAUUCACGAGGUCCCACUAAAGCUACAAGGAGACCCAUAUUUCCAUGAGGGUGCUACAAUGGACCCAGGUGACCUCUUAGAGGAAGUGGGUCCUUUAGAGUAUGACGAGGAUGAUGAUAUACAGGAAGCUCCAAAAUCUAAUGAAGAGGGCAUUCUAAAGGAUACCCAAGAGAUGGAUGAUCAUGGCGAGCGGUUAUCUGACAAAGUCCAGCCAUUGGAGGAUCUCAUUAGAGAUUUAGGCAUUAGAUCAAAAGAGUCGGAAGGCUUGAAGAGGAGGAAAAAGGUGGCAAAGCCCCAUCCAAACCCUCUAUCAUCGCAUUGGUGCUAG